GUUUCAUUUUGUUGUACUCAUUUCCAGAAAUACACAACAGGCCGAUCAAAACGACAAGAAAGGCGAGGAGACUCUCUCCAUCAAGCACCUCCGUCACGGCACACUGCAAUGAUCCCGAGAUACGACGGACUUGUCCCUGCCAUUCGCGGCCCGGCGUCGUCGUCAACUCCGACCACGAAUACCAAGAAUACAAUCCCCACCACGGUUGCGCGCUACGUGAUGCACCCCGCGUCGACCUCAACAGCUGCUGCUCCUGGUAACACCGGUCGCGAAAACACCAGCGGUGAGCAUGAGCGCCGGUUGUACACAUUUUUGCCAUCCGCCGACGUUUCUGCGCCGCCACGGCAGCUGCGUGUAGCCUCUUACUUCUUCGGCGACACCGAUCCGUCGUCCUCCGCCGCGGCGAGUGGACUUGCAGCUGAGGAGGAAAGCAGCAGCAGCAGUGACGAGGAUGGGGAUGACGAUGGCGCCGACGCAGAGGGAGAGCAGCAGCGGCAGCAAGUCCGAAGCGCCCCUCCGAAUGCAUCUGCCCCGGCUUCCAACACACACGCGUCGCACGGCAAGGAGCGCCGACGCCGCCGUCGCGGACGUGAGCCGAUGCGACUGGAGUAUCAAGGCAUCAUGGACGUGAAGCCCGUCACCGCAACGUCGGACCGGGUUGUCAAAAUGGCCUCAACGCCCUCCGCUGUGUACAGGCAUUUGACAUGUGUGCUCAUGGAGAUGCCCACUGCAUGGCGAGACACGCGCAGCGACGGCGCAGACGGCGCUGAAAAUGGCGAUGAAGCUCCGCGUGCGACGACCUCCUCGCGUUUGGUGCUCUCCACCGUUCUCGCGCGACCAAUUUUACAGCUGUGGGGAGAGCGGAAGGAGGCGAGUGCGGCGGCCGACGGCAUGCGCGAUGGCACUGGUGCCGCGACGGGGAUCUCUAAGAGCUGGUACUCAGAGCAGUCCACCCGCAUCAGCAAAAAAGACUGGAAGACGAUGGACGCGGCGGAGGCGGAGGCGCACAAACCGACAAAUUGGUCAGACGACGACGGUGGCGCUGAGGAAGACGGCAGCGGCAGCGGUGGUGCGGAGACGGCGUUAGCGGCGCGGGAUCGAAAGCGGGCGAAGGCGGAGGCGACCGGGCGAGCUGUGCGAGAUUUUUUGGCUGGCACGAAGGAAGCACUGCGGCAGCAAAGUGGCGUGGGGGACACGGACCUUCUUCGACCAAUGGCAACCACGGCGAUGCCACCACCAGCAUCGUCGCCGGCAGUGGCAGCCGCCAGUGGUGCCUCUAUCAUCACGGCGAAGGAAUGGGCAAAGGAUGAAAAUACCAACCAAUCUGUCGGUACGGUGAGACGAAUCGUCAAAGCCGCGGCGACCCCAUCGGACGCUUCAGCACCGCUGACUGCGACGACGGCAGUGAAUCCGAAGACACCGGCUCCCGUCGCAACUGUCUCGAUUCCUAGCAGCAACAUCACUGAUAGCAACACAGCCACAAGCAACGAACUGGAAUCAAGCGACGCUUCGCUGGCGUUGCCGGUGCUCGCAGCGGCCGUACUUCGUGAAGUGCGGCUAACAGAAGCUCGUGAGACGGCCCCACUCAUGGAACUGCAGAAGCGUAUCCUCAAACAACUGCCCGACUUUACUGUGAUGAGUCAAAAGAUUAAAGCGCCGGAAACGAAGCAGGAGGCGGUGGAGUGGUUUCAGACGUGCCGGCAGGAGCUGCGCGUGUGGCUGCAGGGUCAGGGUCACGUGAUCGCGUCUGACGGCACCGUGACGUUUGGAGGAUAA